CAUGUAAAUAAUGGAGACAAUAUAAUAUGUGAUAGCAUGCUAUUGUGUUUUUAGCAACUGAUAAUUCAUACAGGCAGAUUUUCGUGAAUAAAGAAACGCAAGCAUAUGUCCAUAUAAAGGACAAUGAAGUUGACAUCUCUAAUCUCUGGUUCCUGCAGCUAUUUCAGACAAGAAUCCUCAGCUGACCUUGACCUUGUUUCCGACAAGGUCCUGCAUCAUCAGUAAUCUCCUUCCCUGGACUGUGUAUGAGUUUGAGUGUUUUGGUGGCUGUGAGACUGAGACUGAGAAUGGCUCUGUGACAACCUGGGAUCACCUGGACAUGAUCGCCGUAAAGACAGACAGUGACACAAAGGAUUUUCAGAAGAUGGAGAAGGAUAUCGCCACCAACAUCCUGGCCAUGACUUCUCCUCAGGAUGUAGUACUACAGAGAACUGAGGAGCUAUGUAAGGAGAUGUCCAAGAUGGGGAAGUCCAACAGCACAUCAGUGAAGGCCCUGCAACACCUCAGUGAGGAGGUUGCCCAGUUGAAAAUUUUACAUGAAAACUACAUGACCGAGAAAGAAACUGCCAUUCAGUUAAAAUCGGAAUCUGUUCUUCAAGAGAGUGGAAACAUUAGAAAUGGGUAUUGAGGAACUAAAACAUAAUCAACAGACAAUACUGAGACUGCUACAGGAUAUCCAGACCAAAAUACCAGCCUUCGCCAUCCCUCCAGGGACAUGAGAUGGAAUGACCUGAUCAACGUGGUGUGUCAAGCCUGUGUCCUGUGCUAUCGAACGUUAUUACCUACGAGGGCGAACAUGUCGGGGUUCAUAUUUUUUAUACGAUGCCCUUGGGCAAAAUGUCACUUUGUCAUGGUGACGUGACGUCAUGAACAAGGCUAUG